AGCAAGCCAUGAAUCCGAUUAUCUAUUUCUAACCCUGGGCCGACCAGAAAACUUUUGGACGACCCAAAUUUCAAGGGUUCUAAUAAAUUCUUCACCGGAAUAAAUAUUUGUAAAUAAAAAUCUCUCACCACCGCCGAUUCAAAUGUUGAAUCUUGGGAGCUACGUUUUCGUCUUUGUCUCGUUGUCUCUCAUCUUGGUGGUUCCAUCGGUUCAAGCCCACAUCGCCGUAUAUGAUGACUACUGGACGCAGCGUCAAACAAUCGCAUUGCGACAAACUUUAGAAGCUUAUGACCCGAACCCGGAUAACGUCACAGACCACUUUAACUACCAUGCCGCCUUAGCCAUGGAGACGACAGGGAUAGUCAAUGAAACAAGGAGGGAUCUCCGUCAGGUCAGAAGCGGUAAGAAAAAACCUAGACGUGGCGGAAGGUUCGAAUCCCUUAAUGCGAUCGAUAAAUGCUGGCGAGGCGACAAAAACUGGGACAAAAACCGGAAAAAACUAGCAGAUUGCGUCCUUGGAUUUGGCCGUAAAACAACCGGAGGCAAAAACGGACCGAUCUAUGUAGUCACUGACCCAUCCGACAACGAUCUAGUGAACCCAAAACCGGGAACUAUAAGACACGCCGUGACAAGAGACCGACCACUCUGGAUCGUGUUCGCAAGAAGCAUGAUCAUAAAACUGCAACAAGAACUGAUCAUAACGAAUGAUAAAACAAUCGACGGUCGGGGAGCGAGAAUUUAUAUAACUGGGGGUGCAGGGUUAACGUUGCAGUUCGUGAGGAAUGUGAUAAUACAUAAUGUUCAUAUCAAACUCAUUAAAAAAGGAGUUGGUGGGAUGAUUAUAGACUCCGAGCAUCAUUAUGGUCAUCGGACAAUGAGUGAUGGUGAUGGGAUUAAUAUAUUUGGAGCAACAAAUGUUUGGAUUGAUCAUGUCUCAAUGACGGAUUGUUCUGAUGGGAUGAUUGAUGCGAUCAUGGGAUCGACCGCGAUUACUAUCUCCAAUUCACAUUUUACCGACCACGACGAGGUGAUGCUGUUUGGGGGUACAAACAAGGAUGUGAUCGACAAGAAAAUGCAGAUAACGGUUGCGUUUAACCAUUUCGGUAAGAGAUUGAAGCAAAGAAUGCCAAGGGUCAGAUAUGGUUUGGUCCAUGUUGUGAACAAUGACUACACUCACUGGGAAAUGUAUGCAAUUGGUGGAAACAUGAACCCUACCAUUAUAAGUCAAGGCAAUCGUUUCAUUGCUCCUCCUAUUGAAGAUUCCAAGCAGGUUACAAAGAGAGAGUACACACCUUAUCCUGAAUGGAAAUCAUGGAACUGGCAAUCAGAGAAAGAUUAUUUCUUGAACGGAGCUUACUUUGUGCAAUCGGGAAAGGCGAACGCAUGGAGUGCUACCCCGAAAAAUCCAAUCCCUAGAAAGUUUGCAAUCCGGCCACAGCCAGGAACAAAGGUCAGAAGACUUACCAAGGAUGCUGGUACGCUUGGCUGCAAACCGGGCAAGUCCUGCUGAGAAAAGCUCGUGCGUGUGUUCCCGUGUUUUUAUGGUAACAAACAAAAAAAAAAGACAAAAAGAAUUGUAUUUGUUGUGGAUGGUGUUUGUAACAAAUUGUGCAUAAUGCA